UAGUGCAAAAGUCAAACUGUGUCAUCUAAAAGGAACGGAGGAAGUAUUAGAUUUCGGUCGCAGAUCCAAAACUUUCACUGAAACAGACAACCUCACUUGCUUUUCUCGCCGGAAAAUUGCCGGCGACAAUCCACUCACGCCCAGGAAAAAAAACUAUAGCUGCCUAGUAGUGGGCCAGUGGCUUGACUCAGGGGUGGAUAUGAACGCUGGAGCGGAUGAAACGAAGAACUGAAGAAGCGCUGCUCCAUCUUCACUCGAGUACUCGACCACUCCUCCAGUAGAUCGACCGCCGUCGGCUUGACUGCAUAUAUUAUUCUCUUAAUAGUAUUCCAUUCAUGCUUUUCUUGCUUUUUCUGCAAGUGUUACAACUUUGAAGGAAGUGCUUUUGUUAGAAAGGAGUAAUUAUUUUUUUGAUAUUUUUGUUGUUUUUUAUAUUUCCAGUAAAAUAAAGAUGGAGGAAAUAGGUACUCCGGCAGAAAAUGGGUACUGUAUGCCUGCUGAAUGGGAACCCCAUUCCCAUUGUUGGUUAGGAUGGCCGGAACGGCCAGAUAAUUGGCGAGAUAAUGCAGUAGCUGCUCAGAAUGUAUUUGCAAAAGUAGCAACUGCAAUAUCAAAAUUUGAGCCAGUCACUGUAUGUGCUAGCCCUGCUCAGUGGACAAAUGCAAGGAGUCAAUUACCGCCUAAUGUCAGGGUUGUAGAAAUGAGUAUGAAUGAUUCCUGGUUUCGUGAUUCAGGACCUACUUUUGUAGUAAGGAAGCAUAUAUCAAGUUCAGGCGCUACCUUGAAAAGUUUAGCUGGUAUUGAUUGGAAUUUCAACAGUUGGGGCGGAGUUGAUGAUGGCUGUUAUACGGAUUGGAGUCAUGACAUCCUUGUUUCAAGGAAGAUUUUAGAGAUUGAGAAAUUGCCAAGAUUUCCUCAUACCAUGAUUCUAGAAGGCGGCAGCAUCCAUGUUGACGGGGAAGGAACUUGCCUCACCACUGAGGAAUGCCUCCUAAAUAAAAACAGAAACCCUCACAUGAGCAAAGAACAGAUAGAGGAUAAUCUUAAGGAAUACCUUGGGGUCCAGAAGAUUAUCUGGCUUCCACGAGGAUUACAUGGCGAUGAUGAUACUAAUGGUCAUAUAGAUAAUAUGUGCUGCUUUGUGAAGCCUGGGGUGGUGCUAUUAUCCUGGACAGAUGAUGAAUCAGAUCCACAUUAUGAACGAGCCCUUGAAGCCUUGUCAGUUCUCUCCAGUACCACAGAUGCCAACGGUAGAAAACUAGAAGUAGUGAAACUUCAUAUCCCCUGUCCAUUGUAUAUGACAGACGAGGAAUCAGCAGGUAUCAUCCAGGAUGGUGAAGCAAAACCAAGAGAGCCUGGUACUAGACUUGCUGCAUCUUACGUAAAUUUCUACAUUGCCAAUGGAGGGAUUAUAGCUCCUCAAUUUGGAGAUAAGAAGUGGGACAAUGAAGCUGUUCGUGUUUUAUCAGAAGCCUUUCCAGAUUACGAGGUAGUAAAAAUCGAAGGUGCAAGAGAAAUUGUUUUGGCAGGCGGUAAUAUACAUUGCAUUACCCAACAGCAGCCAUCUAUGAAGUAAAGUUGAGCAGGAGUAAUACGAGCUGAGAGCCUUCUAUUCCAUGUUAUUUUGUUUACCUCUACAGCUUGGAUUCAGGUUGUUUCACUUAGCGAGCAAAUAAUAUCCAUUGUAUAAGACGAUCAUCUUAGGAUGGAUCUGGCUGAUUCUAGGGCUAUUUUUAUUUUUUUUCACAAUUUUUUGUAUGCAGCCUGUUGUACCAUGCGGCCAACGUACAUUACGGGCCCAGUCUUAUUUAAGGUCCAAAAAAAUAACGGACUCCCAUUUCUAAUCCUGUUUCCCGUUAUUUAAAAAGAGUUGUUUUCU